UGCACCUCUACAUUUCGCAAGUUUGAAGUUUCGCUUUUUGACUUAGAAAACUUUUCGAAGUUUUUUUAAAGCAGAUUUUUUCACAGUAUAUGACUGUGUACUUUUAUGAUUUUUGUUGGGAAAAAUGUUAUGAAGUAGAUUGAUUUUUUGCUAUGUGGGUUAAGUUGCUUCGGAAAGUUCGGAAGCAGGACCUUCGUUGCGAUUUAAAGCAAUCAAAUGGACUCUAAAGCCAUCCACGAGAAGUUCGUUCAAACAUCAACAGGCAGCAGCAAUGCUUAUGUCUGUUUCACACUGGCCAGCAUCUCCUUUUACUUUCUCAUCCGCGAGAUUGCUUUACUUUCUAUCCCGAGAAGCCAUCACAAAUGGUUGCCGUUUUUAUACGAUUUCCUCUUAAUAACUAUCCCCAUGAUUCAUUCCAUUACGUAUGUGACGGAAGGCCUCGUAAUCAAAUGUUUUAUGUUAUUAUUAUGCGCGUCCCCCAGUUUGUGGAUAUAUCAUUCUUCUAAAAAGACGCAGCACAGCGGAAAACAUCCCGAAGAUGUGCCCCAUCUCAGCCAUGGCAGAAGCAGCGCGGAAUCGCCGAGAGCGCUUGGCGGAGUCGCCGUACUCGAACGCUAUGUCGUGACAUCGUACAGGGGAAUAAUUAUGCUCUUUACAACGCUGUGCAUUCUGGCUGUGGAUUUUCCGGUAUUUCCGCGAAAAAUGGCCAAGACCGUGGAAAGUGGAUAUUCCGUUAUGGAUCUCGGCGUCGGAGCGUUCGUCAUUGCCAACGGAUUGGUUGCUCCGCAGGCCAAAGAGAAAGGCCGCAGCUCGCUUAGAAUGGUGAUAAGCGAAUUGAAGGACAGUUUCCUCCUAAUUAUUCUGGGGUUUGGACGCUUUGUAUCCAUAACCAUGACGAAUUACCAGUCACCAGAAGAAGAGUAUGGAAAGCACUGGAAUUUUUUCUGUACAUUGGCUGUCGUUAAAAUUUUCAGUCGGUUAGCUGCCGUUUUUAUUCGCGCAGAAUUCCUGCCACUUGCCGGUAUCGGACUUGCUGUGAUUUACGAAAUCAUUCUGCAAAACGGGUUAUAUGAUUAUUUGCUCAUUCCGUCAUCCGAUAUCCAUUCUUCUAUGCCUGUUUCGCGGCUACUUGUGGAUAAUCGGUCCGGAAUAGCCUCGUCCGUUGGAUUUCUGGCGUUGUUUCUCAUAUGGACCCACUUUGCUCGUUGUUUCCGCGUGGAACGGAAAUCUCGAUUGCAGCACGUUAGACUAGUGGGAGAUUUGGCCUGCUGGUGCUUGAUUGGAUUUUUAAUUUGUCGGUAUCUGCCUCUUCCGUCACGUCGAUUUGCCAACGCCUCCUAUAUUUUUUGGACGAGUUAUCUCGCGUUGGGAUUUCUAACCACUUUGGUCGUUAGCCGAAUGAUCGUGGUAUGGUUGGCGGGAAAGAAAACGAUCGGAGGCAUAUCCAUUCUGGAGUGGCUGUCGCAUCUUCCUCUGGCCAUUCCUGCUUUGAACUACAACGCCCUGACUGUAUUCUUGGUGGCCAAUGUCCUGACUGGUGCGGUGAACCUGUCCAUGGACACUGUCCAUACCAGUGAUUUCCUAGCGCUUUGCAUCCUAUGUUUUUACAGUAUUCUUGUGUGUUUUGUGGCAUGCGCACUCUACAGUGCCAAAUGGCGUGCACGAUUUCGAUUUGGCGAUAUUGGGCAGUUUCUCACAGAUGCUGUAUUUUUUCCAGUGAAGAGUAAAAAGAUGUGAAAGAUAACUUUUUUGUUUUGUUAGGUUUUAUAUAGUACAACCUUGAACAUUGUUGAAUUUUUGUAAGGCAAAACGGGAAUUAAUUACAAUA